AUGACCUCAUCAUCUUUUCUGCUGGCGGUCAUGAGGACCUUCACAUCAUCAAACUUAUCCUCUACCUCUUUGAAGGAGCCUCUGGUUUAUGCUGCAAACAACUGGCUUCCAGCCACUGCAACAUUCUAUGGUGGCAGUGACGCAUCUGGCACAAUGGGAGGUGCUUGUGGAUAUGGGAACCUAUACAGCGAUGGGUACGGCAUCAAGAACACAGCAUUAAGCACAGCGCUGUUCAAUGACGGGAAGUCAUGUGGGACGUGCUUCCAGAUCGUGUGUGACUCCGGGAAGUCACCGAGAUGGUGUAAGAAAGGCACGUACAUCACCGUCACUGCCACCAACUUUUGCCCACCAAACUAUAAUUUGCCCAGCGACAAUGGUGGCUGGUGCAACCCACCCAGGCGCCAUUUUGACAUGUCUCAGCCUGCAUGGGAGACUCUCGCCAUUUACCGUGCUGGCAUUGUCCCAGUUUUAUACAGAAGGGUGAAGUGCCAAAGGAGUGGAGGAGUGAGGUUUGCCAUCAAUGGAAAGGACUAUUUUGAGUUGGUCCUGGUGAGUAAUGUGGGAGGGAGUGGAGUGGUGGCUAUGAUGUGGAUCAAGGGAUCAAGAAAGUAGUGGGUGGAGAGCAUGAGUAGGAACUGGGGUAUGAAUUGGCAGAGUAACUCUUAUCUCAAUGGACAGGCUUUGUCUUUCAGGGUGCAGACUGAUGAUGGUCGUGUUAAGACUUUUAAUAAUGUGGCUCCUUCUACCUGGAAGUUUGGGAGCACUUAUGCCACUUCCAUCCAAUUUUAG